UCAAUCCGUAGCUAGUCAUAAACCCCCAAUAAACGUAUCCCAAGUCGCCGAGAUGCUAGCAUCUAAAGCUAUUCUCAUAGUAGAGUUUAUUUCUACCUGCUUUGUUUCGUUAGCUUUCGUAGCCGGUAUAUCAAAUGCGGCAUCUAUAGCACCAGUGCUCGAACGUAUCUCUCCCGCCGAGGGCUUUUCCAAGAAUGCCAACACUGUUGAUGUGAACGCCACGGAGCCUGCCAUUGAUGACUACAUUAUAUCACAAUCUCCCAUCAAGGGGAAAUCCGUCCACGCAACCUUCAGCGCAGCCAUCGCCGCCAUCCAGAAAGUGUCGAGCACAAAAGCCGUAACUGUAUUCGUUUACCCCGGCACCUACAAAGAGCAGAUCGUCUUCAACCGCUCCGGCACCACCAUCUUCCGCGGGUACACCGAGGACACAUCCUCUAACAAGCACAACCAAGUCACCCUCCAGAACAGCCACGGCGUCGACACCCAAGCCGACCAGAGCAACUCCGACUCCGCGACCCUGUACUCCCGGGCCUCAGACAUCCAGCUCUACAACAUCAACCUGAACAACAUCUUCGGACAGACCCGCAACUUCGCAUCCCUGGGCUUCGCCAUCGGCAACAACGGCCGCGCCGCCUUCUACGGCUGCCAAGUCACCGGGAACCAGGAUACGUUCGACACAAACGCCGGGACCAGCGUAUUCGCCUACAACACGCUGAUCGAGGGGUCCGUUGAUUUCAUCUGGGGCGCCGGGUCGGUUUAUCUCCUCAACUCCACAAUCGUGCCCAAUACCAAGGGCGGGUACAUCGCGGCGAUGAAGCGAGCGUCGGCCAGCAGCCCCGGCGGCCUCGUGUUCGACCAGUCUACCAUUGCCGCGGCCGCGAACACGGCUGCCGGAUCCGUGUUCCUGGGCCGUCCGUAUAGCCAAUACUCCCGGGUCGCGUAUAUCAAAACGUACCUGGACGGCUCGAUUGCGCCGGCGGGGUGGUCCGUCUGGUCGAAGACGGACCCGCGGACCGACGGGGCUCUGCUUGGCGAGUAUCAGAACUAUGGUCCUGGGGCCGAUACCAAAGCCCGCGCUUCCUUCUCGCGGCAGCUUUCUAAUACGGAUGUCGCGCAGUUUCGACUGUCCAGCUUUUUCUCUUCUCAGGGGACAUCAUGGAUUGAUAUGACACAUGUUAAGACUACCCCGUUUAGCCUCUAGUUUAUAGUGAUAUAUAGGGAUUUUGAUGCUUUGACUUUAUUGUCCUGUUUAAUAGUGUGAUUAUUAUUGAUGUUAGGUUCACAAGCUACCCCUUUUCAGCGUUCUCGACGGACGAAGAAAAGCAAGCAAAGUAUGCGACUUCAUCGAGCAUGGAUGACUACCUGAUAGAAAUGAUAUUAUAUGAUUAACUGAUCCAUCAUAGUUUCAGUUAGUCUAUUCUUUUCCCCGGGAAGUCCUACUUUUACUUUGCUUCUCGUAGUUGGGUACUUCAUAUCUUUGUUGCAUCACGCAUGUUUCCCCCUU